GAGUUAUUAAUUUCAGAACACAUCUAUUUCCUUCUUCUUGGCUUAUACUUCAGGAGAGAAGCAGACAGGUCAUGACAUGGUUCAAGUUUUGAUUUUGCAUUUUUUUGGUACCAGCCCCAUUAUCAGUUAUUUUUAUGCAGUAAACAUUUGAGAGCUUCACUGAAUCUGAAGAUCAGACACAAAUCUGUGGUCCUCAUCCUCUUCAGGGAGGCACAGUCCUCCCUCUCAAAUAAGCCUCUGCUACACUGAACUCUGCUGUGGGAGCAUCUCACUGAGCCCUGUCUGAAGGCAAGCCUGCACUGCACACUCUCCAGCAUGGAGGUGAAGAACUUCGCAGUUUGGGAUUAUGUUGUCUUUGCAGCUCUCUUUGUCAUUUCCUCUGGAAUUGGUGUGUUCUUUGCCAUUAAGGAGAGAAAAAAGGCAACAUCUCGGGAGUUCUUGGUCGGGGGAAGGCAGAUGAGCUUUGGCCCGGUGGCCUUGUCGCUGACAGCCAGCUUCAUGUCAGCUGUCACUGUCUUGGGAACCCCUGCCGAGGUAUACCGCUUUGGGGCAUCCUUCUUUCUUUUCUCCAUUUCAUACACGUUUGUCAUCAUCUGCACAUCUGAGCUCUUUCUCCCUGUGUUCUACAGAUCCGGCAUCACCAGCACAUAUGAGUACUUACAACUCCGAUUCAACAAGCCUGUUCGCUACGCCGCAACAGUCAUCUACAUUGUGCAGACGAUUCUCUACACAGGAGUUGUGGUGUACGCCCCUGCUCUGGCACUCAAUCAAGUGACUGGAUUUGACCUCUGGGGCUCUGUGUUUGCAACAGGAAUAGUGUGCACAUUCUACUGUACCCUGGGUGGUUUAAAAGCAGUGGUGUGGACAGAUGCAUUUCAAAUGGUUGUCAUGAUUGUGGGAUUCUUAACGGUUCUCAUUCAAGGAUCAAUUCAUGCUGGUGGAUUCCACAAUGUAUUUGAGGAUGCAAGAAAUGGAUCCAGACUACACAUAGUUGACUUUGAUACAGAUCCUCUCCGGCGACAUACUUUUUGGACAAUUUCUGUGGGUGGAACUUUUACAUGGCUUGGAAUCUAUGGAGUUAAUCAAUCUACCAUCCAGCGAUGCAUCUCUUGCAAAACAGAAAAGCAUGCUAAGCUUGCACUAUACUGCAACUUACUGGGUCUCUGGGUCAUUUUGGUGUGUGCUAUCUUCUCGGGCCUAAUCAUGUACUCUCACUUCAAAGACUGUGACCCUUGGACCUCUGGCAUUAUUUCAGCACCUGACCAGCUGAUGCCAUAUUUUGUCAUGGAAAUAUUUGCUACCAUGCCUGGACUUCCAGGACUUUUCGUGGCUUGUGCCUUUAGUGGAACUCUGAGCACAGUGGCAGCCAGCAUCAAUGCCUUAGCAACAGUCACCUUUGAAGAUUUUGUCAAGACCUGUUUUCCCCAUCUUUCUGACAAGCUGAGCACCUGGAUCAGUAAAGGCUUAUGUCUCUUGUUUGGUGUAAUGUGCACCUCCAUGGCAGUGGCUGCGUCCCUCAUGGGAAGUGUUGUACAGGCUGCCCUCAGCAUUCACGGCAUGUGUGGGGGACCGAUGCUGGGCUUAUUCUCUUUAGGAAUACUGUUCCCUUUUGUGAACUGGAAGGGUGCACUAGGAGGCCUUCUCACUGGAAUCACUUUGUCAUUUUGGGUGGCCAUUGGGGCUUUCAUUUACCCUGCACCAACCUCUAAGACAUUACCUUUACCUUUAUCAACCGACCAGUGUGUACAAUCAAACAUAAGCACACCGGAACUUCCACAACUGUCCAGCAGGCCCAUCAUAGCUGACACCUGGUACUCACUCUCCUACCUUUACUUCAGUGCAGUGGGCUGCCUGGGGUGCAUGGCUGCUGGGAUCAUCAUCAGUUUCCUAACAGGUCACCAACAAGGAAAGAAUAUUAACCCACUUUUAAUUAGGCCAGUUUGCAAUCUAUUUUGCUUUUGGUCUGUCAAAUAUAAAACUUUAUGCUGGUGUGGAGUUCAGCAUGACCGUGAGACAGAACAGGAUUACCUUGACACUGGCAGUGACUUAAAAGGAGAGGCUGAAUCUGUUGUGCAGAAUGGACUCAGGCAAGAAAGUCUGACUCAUAUUUCAGACUACGACCCCAAGGACAAAAGAUACAACAACAUGGUUCAAGAGAAGAUUACUCAUUUCUAAGACAACAUUCUGUAACAGUGUGUGAACUCACACCCAUAAACAUACAUGCAAUACUUACUUCUUGUUGACUGUUAGACUUGUGUAAUGGUCAUUGUCAGAAGACAAGCCUAUCCAAUACCUAUUUAUGCUUACUUAUAAAAAUAACGUGACCAUUUCUCAGAAUAUUGUUCAGACAGUUCAAACUUUCAGGUAAGAAAAACAAGGCAAGGCCAUGAAAGCCUGACAUUAUCUGAAUGAGUCAGGGCUGGAUAUCAUUGCAGAGUGAGAUUCAAAGUCCAUUUCUCUUAGUCAUAUUAAGCUUUGGACUUUGUGAGGUUAUGUUUUGGUUUGGCACUGGGAAUUGAACCUAAGGCUUUGCUCAUAAAAAGCAUCUGCUUUACCACUGAACUACCCUCAACCCACAUUUGUAGCUUUAGCCAUCAAAAUAUGUUGGUGGCAAGCUGGGCAUGGUGGUACACACCUUUAAUCCCAGCACUUGGGAGGCAGAAGUAGGAGGAUCACCUCGAGUUCAAGGCCACCCUGAGACUGUAUAGUGAAUUCCAGGUCAGCCUGGGCUGGAGUGAGAAACUACCUUGAAAAAACCAACAACAAAAAAAAGUUGGUGGCUUAGAGAAGGAAUGGCAAAGGGAGAUAUGCAUAUUAAAUGCUUUUUUGGACACUGCUGGUAAGAACAUCACCCCAACCUCAGGACUCACAUGUAUGUUGACAUUUUUCAUGCCUCCAAUCAUACAGCUACAUUUGGAAAUCUUAGCUACUAUAGGAAUCCCCCUUCUGUCACUUUAGUCCUCUUUUCAUUAUUUUUCUACAAGCACUGUUCAAACAAAACUUUUAGGAUAAUUCUGCUAACACAGGAAGAGAGACUGAUACAUCUGAGCAGUGGGAGCAAACAGAACUAAACACUCUAUUUCUCCCAUGCUCUCCAGGCUGGGAUGGUUUCUUGUGCAUGGCUAUCACGCUAAAAUGACAAAUCCUCUGUGCUCGACCAAGAAGUCUGGAGUCUGUCUACAAGGAUGGCUCAAUGAGAGUUUCUUGUCUUAGGCAAAGCUGUUAGGAUGGCAUCAUGAAGAAAGCUCUACAAGCAGCUUACUCAUUCACAGAUUUCACCAGCCCUGAAGUUUCAUUUGGUGCAAACUGAAUAAUUCUCAAUACUUUUAACUUUCUCACUUGGUCACAUGCACAAGCUAAAAUCACUGUGCUAUAGGCAAAGACUGUAAUAUGUGACUUAUAGAAAAUGAUUUUUAAAGUUCUGAAGAAAGUAUUAAAAAUUAAAAGGUAUUAUAUAUGAAGAAACAAUGAAACUGUUGAAGAUUAAAAUAAAUCUUUAAGAGACAAAUGAAGAAUCCAGUACCCCAGGACUAGAUCAAAUUAACAACAGGAUAUAUAGGUAUAGAAUAUCUAGGUAUGUCAUAUAUAUCUUCACAGUAACAUAGGUGUGAAUGACUCAGAAGACAUUUUAGUUUGUGAACAUUCACUUGUAAUUGUAUGAAACAAAACAUAACAAAUAGUUUUUUAUUUUAUUCACAAUUAUCCAAAAUAUAUUUCUCUAUGUCAGCAAUGUUCUCAGUUUUUUCAAAGAUUCUUUUCUUUUCUAGUCAUUACUUUCUUACUUGCAGGAUCACUAAAAGUACAAUGUACUUUACAACUGGAAGAUAUUAGAUUAUAGUAAUGGCUAUCUUAUCUUGCACAAUUAAAAUAUAAGGCAUAAAGAUAUAACAUAUCCAGACCUCUUAGAAGUUGGAGGUGAUUCCCUCCUGUUUAUCCAAAUUGAGCAAACGUGUUAAAAUGUAAGUCCUCAAUUUUGGUAAUAUAAAAGGAAACCAUCUCCCAAUGUGUGUAGAAACCACUUUAUUAUGUGGUGAGUAUAGAUAGGGAAGCGUUGAAGUGCAAUUAGUCAGCUAAGCUACUAGCUGAGCCCUUCUCUAUCCUUUCUCCACCUUAGAAAUGUCAACUCAUCGUAGCAUCAAAGACAGUACAGCAGCAGGUCUGACCAGUGCUAGGUUCAAUCCACAUCAUGGACAUGAUAAAGCUUAUGGAUAUAUUGCUACAAAAUGUCCACAGAUAGUCUGAACACAUUGUGCUAUGAGUAAUGUGUUCCUAGAAUGGUAUCAAGUAUGCCAACCUUGAUAGUAGCCUUCGUGCCUUUUCUGCAUAAUCAAGGGCCCUGGUAAGAAUUCCCUCAAUGUCUCUUUUACUUGUUGUUAAUGAAUUCCUGGCAUUCCCUUUGUCAUAGUUUGGAGAAGAAAGUGGAGUAUAAUUGUUCUGAGUUGAAAGAUUACAAUCAAAUAUCUUAGGCCCAAACAUAACAAAUACAAAUUAUCUUGGUUACUUGGAGUAUUAUUUUCCAAAUUUUAGUGUAUUCAAUGAUAAAAAUUAUUCCUGUUUAUUACAAUCAUUGUGAGGUUUGAGCCCAAUGACUGGCCCAUUCAGAGAAUUCAGUUAUGUAAGUCUGUAGUGUAUGAAGAAAAUGCUCCUUAUUUUAAUUGAAAUUUUUUCAUUAUUUAUCUUUUAAAACAUUAGAUUAGGACAAGUCUCACUAGGUCAUUUUAAGAAUUAGAAAUAUUAGAAAAAUUAUUAGAAAUAAACAUAAAUGUAAAACCAUGUAACAAAUUUCUAAAUAGUUUCUUUUACUGUUAGAGUUUAAAUAAAAUAUUAUUUUCCAGCAAGCAACUUUUCUAAAGGUCCCAGCUUUCUGAAAAAAAGAGAAAAUUAUCAUAACAAAGAUAGGGAAGUUCAUUAUUGAAGUACAAUAUUCAGAUGGGGAUUUAUUAAAUCUUAAAAUUUUACAUGUGAUUCUUAAAGAAAUAGCAUCUCAAGUUGGGUUUAUAACUCAGCACACAGUUAAAAGUAACUGUGAUUCUUUUUUUUUUAAGACUUUUUAUUUAUUUAUUUGAGAAUGACAGAGAGAAAGAGUCAGAUAGAGAGGAGAAUGGGCACGCCAGGGCCUUCAGACGCUGCAAAUGAACUCCAAACACACGUGCUGCCUUGUGUAGCUGGCUUACAAUGAGCCCUGGGGAAACAAAACAGGGUCUUUUGGCUUUGCAGUUAAGCUCCUUAACCAUUAAGCCAUCUCUCCAGCCCAUAACUGUGAUGCUUUUUUUUUCUUUCUUUCUUUCUUUCUUUCUUUCUUUCUUUCUUUUUUUUUUUUUUUUCAAGGUAAGGUCUCACUCUACUGUGAUUCUUAAAACAACACUAGCAUAGGAAAUUUUUCCUCUUGUUUAAUUAAAAAUGUUUUCUAUAUAUGAAAUUUCUUGUUGUUACUGCAUGGAGUAGUAUCAUCUCAUUGGAAACAUAAAACACACACAGAUCAUGAGGCUUUCAAAUAGCACCUAAAAGAGAGUAUUAUUAAAUAUCUUUUAUAUUUCAAUCUUAUUUAUCAUUAAUAUGUUUCAGAAAAAAGAGGACUCUUUAAUUGUUACUUGUUUUUUUCAGAAAUACAUUGUCUUAAAAUUAUGUAUUAUAUAUUAUAGAAACUUUAACUAUGCAUAUGUAUAUUUGUAUAUUUAGAAAUUCAUGGGGUUAUAAUUUAAGAUUGCCAAAUAACAGGAUACAAUGAACAUGUAAGCAGUUAGUCCAAUAUUAAUUACCUUCUAAUGUGACUAAUUUCUAAAAUACUUUAUUUAGUAUUAUCAAUGGUACCUAUUUAAAUGUUACAACAUCCUAAAUUAAUCAAUGUAAGUCACAGUUGAUAGACAGUCACCUAGUGAGUUAUUUUCAUUUUUAAUUUUGGAAAUAUAUCAAAAUUUUAUUUCAUUUUCAUCUUAAACUUCUGACCAACUCAAUGUAGAUUUGUCAAGUUAUGUGCAUAACAAGUACUCAAUGAUGUAUUUUUCUAACACUGUGCUUUUCAUAUUUGAAAUACCAGACAUCUACAUAAUAACAAUAUGAGCCUAGUUAAAAAUUAGAAAAAUUAUCCUACAUUAUGGAAGAAAAUUUUCAGUAACAAGUGAAACUUCUGUUAAUCAGCAUUAAAUUUCAUAAUAUGGUGUAUAUUUUCAAAUUUUGAUGCAGUUCUGUAUUGUAAUCCUUGAACCCUGGAAUACUCCCAAUUUAAUAUGAGUUUUACAUGACUGGUUUAGAGAAAGUGUCUAGAUGAUGAUGGAAUUAAAAUAAGCACUUAUUUAUUUUAAAAUAAACUCUGAUUGAAAAGCAUUGAAA